AUGAAUAUUUCAUCUAAAGAAAUUAACUUAAUACAACAAAUACAUAAUCGUGUUCACAAUUUAAAUAUGGAUUUACCAGCAAUUACUGUUGUAGGAUCACAAUCCAGUGGCAAAUCUUCAGUACUUGAAUCUUUAAUAAAUGUAGACAUAUUACCACGCGGGACAAAUCUCGUUACAAGAUGUCCGAUUAUAUUGCAUCUAAAAAAAGCAGUUAAAGAAGAAUGUGUUGAAAUUGAUAAGAGAAAGUAUCUUUUAAAAAAAAAUAAUCAAUUGAUUAAAAAUAAAAUACUUAAAAUGAUGGAUAAAAUAUGCGGAACUGAUAAGGAAAUAUCUUCGAAUUCUAUUGUUAUAGAUAUAUGGCUUUUAGAAACUUUAGAAUUUACAAUUAUUGAUCUUCCUGGUAUCACAAAAGUAGCUAUCGGUAAACAAUCGGAAGAUAUUGAAAUAAAAAUAUUAAACAUAAUUCGAGAAUAUAUUACAUCAAAAAACACGAUUAUUUUAGCUAUUAUUAAUUCAAAUAUAGAUAUUUCUAAUAGUGAAGCUUUGAAAAUAUGUAAAGAAGUUGAUCCGAAUUUUUCUAGAACUAUCGGUGUUUUAACUAAAAUUGAUUUAAUGGACAAGGGCACUGAUUGUAUUUCCAUUUUACAGAAUACUGUUUAUCCAUUAAAAUUGGGAUAUGUCGGUGUGAUUAAUAGAUCUCAACAAGAUAUUAAAAAUAAUAUCAAUGUACAAAAUUUUAAAAAUCGUGAAAAAGCUUUCUUUGCAAAUAGUGUUUAUAAAAAUCUAGAUAACACGGGGUGUUUAUAUUUGCUUAAUAGAAUAUCAUUACUGUAUCAAAAUAAAGUCAAGGAAAUACUUCCGAAAUUAGAAGAAAAUUUAAAAAUAAAAUUGAAAGAAUUGCAAAGCGGAACAUACGUAGAUACUUUUAUUUUGAGAUAUAAAUAUCAAUUAGUUCUUAAUAAACUUAUUUCUACAGAUAAAAAAGUUACUGAUAUUUUUUUUUUUGAUAGUAAUAAUAUAAUUUAUGAUUUGUUGAUGUUUAAAAAUUUAAAAGUAACAUACGAUUUUUCAAAUAUCAAAAGUAUGAUUGCUACUGACUUAAGUAUAUUUAUUAAUGAUAAUCUUUUAUUUUCAUUAAUAAAAUUUAAUAUGCAAAAUAUUAAAAAUAAUAUUAUUACUUUACAAAAUCAAUAUAAAAAAAUUUUACUGGAUAAAAUUCGAAAGAUUUAUAGUGAUAAAUUUCCUGAGGUUUGUAAAGUAUUUAAUGAAUGUAUAAUAGCAGAAAUUGACAAAUGGGACAUAGAUUAUAAAUUAUCAGAAUAUGUAGAUGUAUUAAGUAAUGUUAUUGGAAACACAGAUUUAUUUUUUAAAAAUGCUGUUACGACAAAUUUAUUUGGAACACACCUUUACUUUAAAGGAAGUAGUAAAGAAGAUAUUUUGAAAGAAUUUACUAGAAUGUAUUUAGAUAAGCAGGUCAAUAACAUUAUAGAAUAUUCACUAAAGCUUAAUUUUUAUAAAAUAAAUGAACUGAUAGAAAAAACUGGCAUGGAAUGUAUCAGUAAAGUUAAUAUUGAAGGAUUAGAAGAAAUGAAUAGAUACCUAAAAGACGUUGUUAAUAGAAAUGAAGAUUCUAAAAAUAUUUUAGAAGCAAUUAAUUUAUUAAGAAACAAUAUAACUACUGAUAUCUAA